CAAAUUCUGUUGAGCCCCAGAAAGUGGCGGAGCAAAGAAAGAAAGAAAUGUGGGGUUGUUAUCUGCGAUGGGUUAUGCGAAAUAAUGCGCGCCUUUACAGUGUCAGUUAACUGCUAUUCUUCUUAUCCUUGUUUUCUGCUUCAGCCUUCUUCCACUUGUUUCAUCAAUCCCUCACUUUUCCCUUGUAAAUUAAUUAACCUCAGCUCUCAUACUUCUCUACAAUACCUUCUUUCUCACUCCAGGCCCAGUCCUCACUGUUCCAAUUCUGAUUCCAUUUCAUUUGAUGAUGAUGAUUUCGAAGACGAUGAUGGUUACUCUUUUGUAGGCGAGGAGUCUGACUCUUUAGGCGAAAAUGGUGUGCUAAUUCAGAUAAACAAGGCUGGAAGGAAUUCUAGGAAAAUUCGGUCCAAAAUUGCUAUAAACGCCAGCCUCGAUACUAUUUGGAAUAUAUUGACUGAUUAUGAGAAAUUGGCUGAUUUUAUCCCUGGCCUUGCUGUUAGCAAAUUAAUUGACAAGAAAGAUAAUUACGCUCGACUUUACCAGAUUGGGCAGCAAAAUUUGCCCUUGGGGCUGAAAUUUAAUGCUAAGGCGAUUUUGGAUUGUUUUGAGAAAGAACUUGAGACUUUUGUCUCUGGGAAAAAGCGUGAUAUUGAAUUUAAGAUGACUGAAGGUGACUUCCAGUUUUUUGAAGGAAAAUGGUCUAUUGAACAGGUUAUUAAACCAAGAUCUGAAGAAAGUGAUAUCUCACUUGGUCAACAAUUUGAAACAACUCUUUCAUAUUUUGUUGAUGUAAAACCUAAGCUCUGGCUGCCUGUUCACCUAGUUGAAGGUAGACUCUGCAAAGAGAUUCAAACAAACCUCUUGUGUAUCCGAGAAGAAGCACAAAAGAUGAUUCCUGAUACCGAGGAGGCUUAACAGAGACUUGGCCAAAUAAUUCAAUCAUACGGCUUGCUUUAGAUUUAUUUCGUCGUCCAUAUUGUCAUAUAACUCAUUAUAUGACAAAUAAUGCAUGUUUUUCAUCACUUCCCGUAGUAUCGGGCUCAAAUACCUAUUGUCGUUAGCAUAGAUAGAAGAAAGAAAAAUACGAGGAAAUGAUGCUGAUUCCCUCUUUAUGAUCCAUUGUUUGUCUAUUGAGCAGAAUUAUGAUGCAGAUGUUGUUUGGGUAAA